AUGGAUGAGGCGCCAAAUGCAUCAGGAGGUUUCCUCCGUACUUCUCUUCCCUCUCCCUCCCCUAGCAAUGCCUCAAUCAGCUCAACGUCAUCGAACCUCCCUCAACCACGGGCUCACCCUCUACGCCCCGGCUCAGCGAAAGAAGAUGCGGCGCGGCGAUAUGUCGAAGGCAGGUUACUUCACAUAUCAAGACGGUAUACCAAGAAGUUCCAAGAACCGCUUGAAGGCGAGGAGGUGCAUGGAUACGAGAGCAUGAGUGAUGCUGCUAAAGAUUUGGGUGAAGUCAUUGAUAUUUUGUGGCUUUCGGGUACACCUAGUUUACAAGUUCCAUAUCUCCUGAAUGUUGCUUUAAUGGUUACUACAUAUCUCACAGCAUUUCCGCCUGCGCCUUCAGCAACGUUCAAGCUACUACGAAAGCUAGAUCAUAGUUUUAGCAGCUUAUUGAAAGGAGCAGACAGUGUAACAGGAGACCCUUUACCGUGGGUUCAGGCUGGCAAGAAAGCCGGGAUGAGCAAGACCGAUAUGAUCAGGUGCAAGAGCUUGGUUGAGUCCACAAGGGUUCUAGUUGUCGAAGUCAUGAGCAACCCCCAGCCACCGGGAAUGGGGUUUCCAGAAGAAAGUGGCGUCGAUACUACUGAUGCCGGCAGUGGUGGUGAUGCCAGUGGUGCUUGGACUGAUGAGGAGGACAAGCAUGAUAUGGAUGUUGCAAGGGUCUAUGAGAGGACUAUCGUGCAGUUGAAUGAGGUCCUAGUCAGUGAAACGGCAUUUCAUACUGGCUCUGGCCAAAGUUGA